AAUUGCUGAUUCCAGAAGAAAGCUAAGCGUAACGAAAACCCUAAUUUGAGUGCCAAUUAUUACUUCUUCCACGUCGAAAUUCUAUUUUCCACACCAAAGAUUCGACGAAAUUCCAAAAAGGGACACGUCAUCAUCGCCAUUUCUUUCCUUUAUUGCCUUCUGCCUCUCUGAAGCUGCAGUUUUUGCUCAGACACUCAAUUCGUAUGGCUACGCCGCUUUCCGUUCGGCCCAGCCGUACCGUCGUCUACUCGACCCGGUUCGGUCCAGCAUCCGUCCGGCGUCCGGUCCAGGAAUCGAUAGUUAAGGCGGCUGCUGCAUCGGGGCGGCAAGGUUCAUGGAGCGUGCUGUGCACUCGCCGUGUAAUUGUCGCGCCGCUGCGCGCCGGCUCCCGAGCCGACGACUCUGUGCCGUCGGAGAUGUCCGUGGAGAAUGCUCUCAAAGUACUCGGCGUGUCCGAGGGUGCGUCUUUCGACGAUAUUCUACGAGCGAAGAAUUCGAUUAUUGCCAAUUGUAAAGAUGACGAACAAGCAAUUACUCAGGCGGAGGCUGCAUACGAUAUGCUUCUAAUGCAGAGCUUAUCACAAAGGAGAGCAGGGAAAGUUGUAAAUAGCAACAUCCGAUAUGCUGAUGUUAAACCUGUUAAUGCUCCGAAAAUGUGGUCAAUGCCCAAGUGGUUGGAGAAUUCUGUCAAAAACCCACCUGUCUCAACGGAAGCGCCCACAACUAGUGAGUUGGGUGUACAAGCUGGUGUGUAUGGAGCUCUAAUGGCCUUAACAUAUGUAAAUGGAGCUUCAACACCUUCGGCAGCACCAUAUGCUGGUGCAGAUGUUCCUGGCCUUAUUUUAGCCACCAGCUUCGGGGCAUCCUUAUACUUCAUGACAAAAAAAAAUGUCAAGGAAGGCAACAGUCAUAUCAAUCGGAGGGCUCAUGGCUGGUGCUGUGGUGGGUUCAGCGGUCGAGAGCUGGUUGCAGGUCGACAUUGUCCCGUUAAUGGGAAUACACACGCCAGCCACCGUAGUGAGUGAAUUUAUACUCUUCUCACAGUUCUUAACUUCCUUGUACUUGAGAUAGAAUUAGAUUAUUAUCCAAGUCUAGGAGAUCGUCUUUGAUCCACCUUAAACACGCUUAUCUAUUCUAGUAUAUGCAAUUUACAUAUCAUUUGUACAAAGGCAAUAUGUUUUAGACCCCAUGCAAUGAAAAACACUCUUUUCAAAAACUCUAUCCUCAAAAUCCAGUUGUUGAGUAUA